AGUAUAUUCAAGUUGAAAAUCACCACUUUUUACGACUGGUCGUCACAUGGUGCUUCCGGAAACAAAGAGUCCGUUUUCAUCCAAUCAAAAAGCUGUUGCAUUCGAAUAAUCUCUGGCUAGGUAAACUCCAGUACUCGUAGUUCCUCUGAUGAGCAGUCAACUUUGACUAGCCAUCUUAUAUGAGAACUACCAAAACUAGCUAGCUAUCGUGUCUAGCUACAGUUGCUAGCAAUAGUCUGUGAAAUAUUGUAGCAACCGAAAUUGUUCAGCAAUUAGAUCGGAUACGUUUUUUCAACUUGUUCUUUUCGACAGCUGUUUCAUGGGCACCCAAGAAGAAGACAGAGAUUGGGUGGACGUGGCAAAUGAUCUCCUCAGCAAGUGUCACAUAAACUUAAAGCUGAGGAAGGUGACUGACUGUGAUGCCAGUGUUUUUGUAGCGUUGUAUGAAGCCAUCUUGGGAGAGAAAGUCCCGGAUUACAUCGCUGCCCCUGGGAGUCAGGAGGAUGACAUCCACAAUAUCCAGUCAGUAAUCGACUCCCUGGCCCUGGACUAUCUUCAAAUCAGCCUGUCCCACAUCACAGGUGAAAACAUCGUCAGGGGCGACAAAGAAUCAGUCAAGAACCUUCUGGAGAUCUUUGAUGGUCUGUUGGAGUACCUCACAGAGCAGAUAAGCGAGGAGGAGUCACAAAAUGGAGAACCCAACGGUGCUCGCGUGGAGGAACUCCCCCAGGCUCCCCAGGCCGAGAACCAGGAGAACGAGGCCAUGUUGGAGAGAGGGUCCCAGUCUUCCAGUAUACAGUCUGCCGUCCAGUCGAGCAAACAUUCCCUCCACUCCUGGAACGCGGAGGAGAUCGGCUCGACCAAUGAGCUCAUUCAGCUGGGAGACUCCGCCCGCACGUUCACGGCCAAACAAGAAGGAGAAGCUCCCUCCCAGCCCACGGUGGCCCCGGCCUCCCCGGACCCCCAGGCCACCCUCCUGAGGGAGCCCCUGCGCUCAGCCAUCCCCCUCCAGCCCCCCUACCAGACCACCCCCCACAGGCCCGAGAGAGCCCCCCGCUCGCCUAGCCAGCCCCCCCUCGCCAAUGGCCUCUUUCACGGGCACGCCGAAGAGGAUGCAGUCCCUGUUACCACCGAGUGCCCCAGGGUAGUGGCUGACACAGUUGUUACCAAUGGGUUACAGUCCCCUGCCUCCAACCACUCUCCUGUGGAGAGUUUGAAGUCUGCGUCGAGAGCAGAGGAGGACAUGGAGCAGCUGGAGCGGGCCGGCCCAGGGCCCCGGAGGGUCCUGUUCCGCACCCAGCCGGACGUGCUCUUCCUCAGCCUGCAGGAGGAGACGGAGGGCUCCCCGCCUCCGGACACGGAGGAGGAGGAGGGGGAGGACGAAGACCAGGAGGAGGAGGAGGAGCGGGGCCUGGCGGCACGCGGGCAGCGGGGAGGCCGCUCUCGCAGGGAGAGGACGGGGCUCGGUGGUAACAGGCCAGCAGAGUGUGUCGAGCCUGGCUCCUGGCGCACACAGAAGAACAGAAAGGCAGAGCAGGAGUUGCACCACAUGUCUGAGAAACUGUCCCGGCGGCUGGAGGAGCUGGACGAGAUGUUGAAGAGAGCCCUGGGUGAGAGUGGAGAGUCGGGUGAGGUCAGAGAGGAGGACAAGGAGUCUCACCACAGCGACAGUGUCAUGGAGUGUCGCAGGAGAGACCCACAGAGACCCAAAGGCACUCGCCGCGCCCCCCCCAGCCCCCCGCACGCGCUCCCUCUCCCCCUCCCCUCCUCGGUGCCGGCGCUCCCUGCAGGGUCAGCUCGAGGGCGUCGCCAGGGAGACGGAGAGCUCCAGCGCGCGGAGACGCACGCCCGCCGCUCGCUCCCGCCGGGGGAGCUCCGGCAGAGGCGGAGCCAGGACUCGCACACCCAGCUGGUGGAGAAGGCGUAUGAGGAGGAGCUGAAGAGGUACGAGGAGAGGGAACGCCUCAACAUCACCAAGGAGAGGCUGAGGGCGCAGGAAGCGGAGCGGGAGUACAGGGAGGCCAUACUGAGGGACGCCCCCCCCCGGACCCCCAAACCAGCCAGACUGACGACGCCCCAACACCGCUCGCCAAGGACGCGGUCCAGCCUCACUCCUGGCCGCAGGCGUCACGAGAACAUGAGAAGAGCCGCUCCAAUGAAGGUGCAGGACAACGACCUCCUGCCCCAGCUCCUGGAGGAGCUGCCCCACCUGCACCUCUCCCCCCACGCCCUGGGCCGCAUGUGGGAGCAGCAGCUGGGCCAGGUGGAGCGCCUGCACUCCCUGGCGGAGGCCCCCCGGGCGCCCCGCAGUAAGCUCACCAGCAAGGUGGAGGAGGCGCAGAGGAGACACGACCUGCUGGUGGAGAUCAUCCACAGGGAGCAGGAGCACAACCGACGCCUGAGGGACUUCAAGGAGCGAAUCCAGCAGCAGAAGUCGGCCCGGAGCCAGCUGAGAGACCAGAGGCAGCAGAUCGCCCGCGCCAAGAAGUACCACAACGACUACCACGUCCAGCACCGUGCCCGCAUGAUGAGGGCGCGCACCAAGGAGGAGCGGAUGUUUAAGCAGGUGUUUGAGGAGGGGCUGGACUUGCAGAAGGCUCGCCUCAGGGAGCAGAGGGCCUACGCCAAGGAGCAACGUCAGGAGCACCACAGACGCCACCGAGACCAGAUCCAGUCUAUGGAGAACUACUACAAGGACCAGUUUUCGUUGCUGGCGGAAACUCUCGCUCAAGAACGGCAGGAGAUUCAAGUGCGGAAGAAGGCGCAGGAGAAGGCUCUUCAGAAGAUGAAGAGAGAACUCCGUUCCAAGAUGGAGCGGGAGAUCGGCGAGCUGCAGAAGAUCAUCAUCCAGAACGAUGACGAGGACUACUUCCGCGACCUGGAGGUCAAGAGGUUACGGGGUCGUGUGCAGAUGGCAUCCUUCCAGUACAACACCAGCUGUUUACACUGACCUCAGCGGUUAACUACGUAUAACUCCUAACUCCAUUUAACUUGGCUGCUAAAAACAAACUCGGUACUCUUGGACCAAGUCCUCUUCCAUUGUUUUAGAUACUUGAUUAUUUAAAAGUUUUUAAAAGAAUGACUUCUUCACUGUGUUUUUGGUGUGCUGUUGCAAAUACGACUAGUUAGAAAAUGUCUGGUACUUCCUUCGCCAAAAUGGGACCAUCCUGAAAUCGGGAUGCAACACUAAUAGCGAGAAUGAUUGUGUUGAAUGUCAGACCAGGACGAGAUUAUUAACUCCACCGUUUUCCCUUUAAAUCAAAGCAGAAUGUCUUCCGUAGCUUUUUUUUAAACAUGUCAGUGGAUUAUUUAUUUGAUUGUAUUGUUGUGUGUUUUCUAUGGUAAUUGACCCAACCUGUUGUGAUUAUCUGAUGCUGUUAAUCCCAAAUAGAUGUUAAUGUCCCUGUCCCCCCCCCCCCCACAUCCAUGGUGAUUGUACUAACGAACACACCAGUGUUGUAGCCUUCAGAGAACAGGGCUGGGUCAUGUAGGAACAUGACAUCAUGACAACACGAUUACAUAGGUGCAACAAUGUUAUAUGCACCUUCUGCCUUUCCUGUGUUUUGGGUAUAACGUCAUGUGAACCCGUGAUAAUGUCCCAUCAGUGUUGUACUAGUGACGCGAGCCUGUUAGUAGCUCCGUGGGCGUACGAGCACCGCCCACUGUGGCUCAGUGACCAGAUGAAGGUGUUGAGGCAGGUACAAAGAAGACACAGUGACACCGAUGUUUUUAUGAAACAUAAUGCUGCGAGUUCCAAACAGCAUCGUUUAUUGCUCUCAUUUUCUGCAAGAGGGUACAAGAGUUUUUUUUAAAUUUUUUAGUUAUUUUUUUCAUUAAUAUUCCGCUUUUUAUUUUUCUUAUUUACAGGUGUCAGUUAAAGCUCACAGAGCAGAUGGUGUGAAAACUAAACACACACACUGUAAUAAUAAAUACAAAAACAGACUGGAAAUAAAAAUGUGGAAAUAAAAACAGUUUUUUUUUGUUUGUAAAAUGUUUAAGUAUUUUUUUUUUUUAAGACAGCUUUUUGCAAAUUUAAUCAGAACUCAUUUACACACGCACGGAAAACGUUUACUUACAUACACGCGCGGAGAAGGGAGUACAUCUCAGCCUCUGAAGUCGCACUGAUCGGUCGGCUACAUGUAGAAGUAGCGCUAAGCGAGUGGAACAUGCUACAAAGCAACCGGCUACAACACAGUCCAUGCUGUCCCCUCUUCCAUCCAGACACACCAGUUUCAUUAUCCCCACAGAAGUCCACAACGUUAGAUGCAAAUGGCAGAAGCGGAGAGGAAACAGUGUGUGCACUGGACAUGUUAAAGUGUGCAUAUAACGUGUGUGUGUAUAUACUGGAUAUCUACACAAAAAAGUCAAUCAGUCCAUUAACUAUUUGGUAAAUAGAAGGAAGUUUCUGAUUAUAACUCGCAAAUCUAAAGUCUGCGUGUGCAAAAAAAAAAAAAGUAUAGUUUAAUGCAUUUUUAUUCUGUGUUCCUGUCAGGUGAAAAGGUAAAAUGUGUCAUGAGUCGCUUGUGACCAAUAGUCUGUGCUGUACAAAAAGCACCGUUUAGGAUACUUCAAUAUUCUCUCUGGAGAAGCUAUGGCUUCACCGUAAAAAAAAAAAAAAAAACACUGGAAAGAGAGAUGGGUCUGUGUAUGCGUGUGAAUUUUCAGUAAGAAAACAGUCCAUGGUCGUAGUCGAUUGCUAUUUGACAGGCAGCAUAUUAUAGAUAUAUAUAUAUAUAUAUAUAUAUAUAUAU